AUGGCCCAGUCAUUUGAGGAUUUAUCAGUUGGAAACAAACCUGCUGUUUUGGAUGUUUCUCUGGACACAACUCCAUUUUUCAGCUUUGCAAGGGAUCUGGAGUACCUCGAAGAGGUGAAUGGUGACAGAGACAACACUGGUGAAAGACCGGACACAGGUGAUUUGUUUGGUGGUACAGAACCGGUGGAAGCAGACAGGUUUUCUCUGUUUAGUCCGACGACUUUGGCUGACGAUGAUGUUGCAAACCAGCAGUUGAAAAAACAUGACAGUGUAGGAGAACAGGAGUCGUUUCAACAGGUUGUUUCUCACACUGGGUUCAACUUUGAUGCAUCACUCAAUGUUGCCUUCAAUUCUGCAAACGCUGAACAACCCAAACAGAUAUGGGAGACUGGCAUUUGGAAACACAUCUUUGGAGAUGAUGAUACUCCUCUGGACUUUGAUGUUUGGGGGCCGCCGGUGACCAGACCUGCUCUUACAGCUUGGGGCGUGGAUAGUCGGAUUUUGGAGGCAGAUGUGAAGUGUCCAAACAAACGUUGCCAUGAGCCUACAUUCAACUUUCUGGAUGUGGUGUCGUUCAAACCUGAUGUGCCGUGGCAAGAACAGAGGGAAGCAGAUUUACAACGUGGCAUAAAGUUGUGGAUUGCGGUCACCAGCAGGUGGCAUGACGAGUGCUCCAUGGCACACAAGCUCAGAGAAAUGAGGGCAGAAGAAGAGGUCUUCAACAUGUUUGCACACGUCUUCAGUGGGCGUGCACCUGUCACAGUGCGGAAACGUGGAGCAGCAGUGCUUCGCAUUUGUGAUUACUUGGAGACCAACAUGUUGGAGGCCUUCCCCAUGCAAGAGAUCACAUUUUACAGUGCGGAAGUCAAAGUUGAAGUUGUAGUGUCAUCAGACGAGGAACAUGGUGAUGAAUUGCAGAAGAGUUCCAGUUCUGAUAGCACUUCAAGCUCUGAUUCAUCGUCAGGUGGCAUCCCAGAGAAUCAUGGACUGAAUAAGGUCUUUGCUCCGCCCAAGCCUCCAGAGGGUUUUCAGAGUUGGCAGCAUGCAAAACUGAAGACAGUUCAUUUGACUGAGCCGGGUUACUUCCGGGUCUUCGUUUGUGGACGACCUCAGCAUGCAUGUGCACCCUCUCAGACACAGUGGGAGUCAAAAAAGGGCCGCUCAUGGCUGACAGACCAGACGUGCCGAGAGUUGGGUUCACAUUCAGGUGGGAAACGGAAGUUGGUUUCACUACAGCCCAACUCGAACAACGAUGACGGGCGCAAAAGAAGAUGUGGUGGCAAGGGCACUUUUGUCCAAGACAACAACUUGCCUACACGGCCCAAGCCACAAGACAUGGUGCCAGGUGACCACCCUAAGGGUAUACGGUCCUCAGAAUUUACAAUGCAAUAUGGCAGCAAAUUUUCAGGCAAACUGCUGGGUGAUCUUAUUUUUGUGGAAAUUUGUGCAGGCAGUGCCAGGCUGACCCGAACUGCCAGGGAAGCUGGGUUCAAUGGAAUUGCCGUGGACCACACAGACAAGAGGACUUGCGGCAUUGAUAUUUGCAUUUUUGAACUGGAAGAUCAAGAGCAGGUCAAUGACCUUUGUGCUUUCCUGGAGGCGGAGGCGGAAAACAUUGCUGCAGUUUGGAUCGCUCCUUCAUGUGGCACAGCUAGUAAGGCGCGUGAGAGGCGCCUACCACAAUUGGCGCGACUGGGCAUACAAGUGCCCAUUCCUUUGCGGUCCAAUGAACAACCGGACCAAAUAGAUGGCCUUGCAGACACUGACAAACUCAAAGUUGAGAAGGCUAACAUGCUUUACAAUGCGGUGGAGCAGAUCACUCGCACAACCUGCAGGGCAAACAUUUUCACUGGCAUUGAAAACCCUGGCAACAGCCAUUACUGGGGGACAACACCGAUGCAAAGCAUCAUGCAAGAGUUUGAACAGAUGCAACACCCUGAUGCGGACGCUGCCGGUCGCAUUGCCUUGGGAGCACUCCCGAGAGGGACCAAAGUUCGCCCUCUCGUGGCUGAGUUUGGGGGCUUUGUUGCAGCCGUAGCACCUCUACAACAAACAACCGCGGUGGAAACCUUCAUUUCUUCACUUCCGAAGGGUUCAAAAAUCACUUCACGACAGGUGCGGAAAAGGGGCGAGUUGCGGGUCGUGCAAGAGGGGUACACUUUUUUGGCUGGUUCUGAUGACAUCCGAGAGGAUGACAUGGUUGAGUUGUGCUGGAUUGGAAUACCUAGCACCCCUGGCCAAUUUGUUGAAAGAGCCAGACAGGCAGGCCACCCACGAGGACUCGAUGUUCACGUGGACGAUGCAAUGCAAGAGGUGGUAAAACAGAACCUUGUAGACCCUCCAUACAUGUUGGCCAAAAAGAGGGUGCAAUACAUGAAAAAAUGGACGGCGAGAGCAAAGGAGCUUGCUGUGCAGGAACAACAGCUAAGGGACAAGAUGCCUGAGCAUGUCAGAGACGUGGUGGGGCAGAAACGUUUGCUUUUGAUGGGCGAGAUGCUGGAGGAGCUUGGCUAUCCUGAUGACAAGCUCACUAGUGACAUAGCAAGUGGGUUCAGGCUGAGUGGAUACAUGACGAAGUCCAACGUUUUCAGAGCCAGGUCAAAGAGGCCUGCAAUGACUAUGGAGACCCUCAGGAAGCUUGGAAAGUCCUUUAACUCCAAGAACCUUGCAGCUCUUGGCAAGCGCCAGGACCCUGAACUGGAAGAGUCGACCUGGAAGGAAACACAGGUUGAGCUGGAGAAAGUGCCUGCCUUGUGGGGAGUGGAACAGCCUGGCAAUGGAUCUACAUCGGAUUCAAGUGGCAAACGUAAGUUUGAACAGUGUUGCACUUACAUGGAGGUGGUCUCGUUCAGACCUGAUGUGCCCUGGAAGGAGCAGCGUGAAGCUGAUUUGCAGAGAGGGCUUAACUUGUGGAUGGCAGAGUUGUUGAAGCUCCAUGCCAUGGUGGAGGACCCUUCAGAUAGCUGGAACGCUCUUUUCGCAGGGGCUGCAUUGCUGUGCUGUUACUGCAGAGGCAGGUGGGGCGAUUUGAUGAGGAGUGAAAUGGCAUUCCUUGACUACGAUGAUACAGGACGCCCUGCCUUCCUUGAAACUCGAACAGGGAGGCACAAGACAAUGGCAGCCCAGAUGCACAGGCACCAAUUCCUCCCAAUGGUGGCUCCAGUCAGAGGGGUCAAUGGUAAGGACUGGGCUACCCCAUGGGUCGAACUUCGAAGAGCCAAAGGGUUGUCCUUUCCACCGGAAGGGUUGGUGAUGCCGGCACCGGAUCAACAUGGACAGGCCACGGAAAGGCCGUUGGAGUCUGGAGAGUGUGGUAAGUGGUUGCGAAAGCUGCUGGAGAUUGCACCAACAGCAGGGAACCAAGAUGGUCGCCGAGUCAGCAGCCACAGCCUCAAAUGCACCAUGCUGUCAUUUGCAGCAAAGCGUGGGUUACCUACUGUCUUUGGUGGAGGCUUUACUUUAGGACAGGCCUCAUUGCUGCGGAGGCUCCACUUUGAGUCGACUACAUUGAUGAUAGCCUCGGUCAAGCAGAGAGUUGAUGGAGAGGCUUCAGAUCGACCUGACAGUGUCAAGCGCAUACCUGUCGCAGAAAAGCGCUAUAGGCUUGAACAGCAGGAACAGAUGGACCAGUUGGUGCGUGCAGAUCGAGAGUUGUGGACCUUGCUGGCACAAGAGCACAAGGGAACACUGAAAGUGAAUGCGGCCGGCGAGAUUCCGCUGGAAGGCCUUUUCAAGCGCUUUUGUCAAGAUCCUCGCAUUACCAUGUUCCUUUUGCCUGCUCCUGCCGGGGCCAAAACAACAGACAAGGAGAACAUCACGAAGAGACCAACUGCGGCGUACCCUUUUGUGCUGUGCGAGCGGAUCAUUGAUUGCAUCAAACACAAAGUGCUAUCGUAUGGGGCCAUACAGUCCAACAACUUAGAGCAGCAACUCCAGCAGCCAGACGCCGAUGCAGCUGGCCGCAUUGCCCUUGGUUCACUGCCCCGAGGUGCCAAAGUUAAGCCGCUGGUUGCAGAGUUUGGUUCCUUUACAGCGGCUGUUGCGCCUGUACAACAGUCACUUUGUGUUGAAGAAUUUUUGAAACAGCAGCCCAAAGGGAGCAAAAUCACCUCUCGACAGCUUCUGACAAGGGGAGAAAUUCGGGUCGAGGGUGAGGGUGUUUCUCACCAUUUUCUUGCCAACUCAAAGGAGCUGCCAGACGACGCCAUGGUUGAAAUGUGUUGGAUAGGUGUGCCAAGCGAUCCAGACGAUUUUGUUCAGCGAGCUUUGAGAGCGGGGCACCCACGAGGGUUGGAUGUCCAUGUGGAUGCAGCCAUGGCCUCAGUAGUGAAGGCAAACCUGGUUGACCCACCUUUUUGUUUGGCCAAGAAGCGAGUUGAGUUCAUGAAAAAGUGGACAGCGAGAGCCCAAGACCUGAAACUGGAGGAGGAAAAGUUCAGAGAAAAGAUGCCGGAACACGUCAGAAAUGUUCUUGGCAACAAGAAUGUGGAGGCUUUGCGCAAGCGACAAGAUGCAGAGCUGGAGGAGCAAACCUGGCAAGAGACAGAGGAAGAGUUGCGCAAAGGUUGGAUUUUCAUCGACGACUCAGAGGACGCUGAGAAGCUCAGAGGCAGGAUGAUCUUCUUCGAAGGUUUCACCUUUGGAAGAGUUGCUAACUCAUCCACGAAGUCUUUGGGACGCUUCUGUGGAAGCUCGAACAAGCCCAAACCUCUGGAUGCUGAGAUGACCAGGGCCCUUGAGUUUUUGCAGCAGAGAAUAAGCGAGGGUCGGCCGCUCAAAAUAGAGCGAAACUUGCACAGCACCUGGCUGGUCUUCACGGACGGCGCUUGCAAUCAGGAAGAAUUGAAAGGGUCGGUUGGUGGAGUCCUUUACGACCCAUCUGGAGCCUGCGUUGGAUACUUUGGUGUCCUGGCGAAGGGUGCGACCCUAACCAACAUUGAUUGGGAGAAGGUUCCAC